AGUAGCCACUUAUCAUUUUUGACAUUUUCGUAAAUUUUGGCCCUCAAAAUUGAAGUAAACCGAAAUGGCUGUAACAACCAAGCUACUUUCAAUCGCCCGACAUGGAAAUUUCGUCCCAAAAAUUCGCUUUAGCAGCAGCUCAACUACAAUGAAAGUCACAAUUUUGGGAGCUGGAGGCAACACGGGCAAGUCUGUGAGUCUAAUGCUUAAACAGAGCCCUUUUAUCGACGAACUUUGCCUCUACGACACCCAAUCAUUGGAAGGAUUCGCAAACGAUUUGAACUAUGUUGAUACAAAGUGCCGAGUGACGUCCUUUUUCGGAAACAAAGACAUCCAAAAGGCCCUGACUAAAUCGAACAUUAUUGUGGUUUUGUCGUGCUGUCACGCAGCAGAACCCACCAAUUACGCAAGUCUAUUCGACAGGAACGCCCCAAUAGUCAAAGAUUUGGCCACAAGUAUUGCCAAGUUUUCCCCAAAAUCAACCGUAGCCAUUGGCGUGGAGCCAAUCAACAGUGUGGUGCCAAUGUUUAGCGAAAUAAUGAAAAAAUACGGACAUUACAACCCUUAUUCAAUUUUCGGCAUAACUACCGUCGACGUGGUUCGUACUAAUAAAUUUGUGGCCGAAAUUCUCGGCCUGGAGCCCGAAUGUGUGACGGUGCCAAUCGUGGGAGGCCACAGCGAGAAAACCAUCGUUCCGGUCCUGUCCCAGGCGAAGCCUUGCAACGAACUCACAAACGAAGAACUCGAAGAUAUCACAAUCAGUGUCCGCAAAGCCAACGAGCACUUGCUCAAAGUGCGUUCGGACGGCGCUUAUUUGGCAAGUGCGUUCGCGGUUUCGCGCUUUGUCAUUUCGCUGGUUAAGGCAGCAAGAGGCCAAAACGAAAUUGUUGAGUGUUCCUAUGUCAAGUCCAAUGUGCACCCACAGUUAAAGUACAUGGUGACUCCGCUUUUGCUGGGUCCGGGAGGGGUUGCGAAAAAUCUGGGGCUGCCGGAAUUGAGCGAUUAUGAGACUUGUUUGCUGGAGAAUGCGAUCCCAGUUCUGGCUGAAGAGAUUAAAAAGGGGGAGUACGUGGGAGGGCGUCCGAUGGAUUUGAUUGAUGGGGUUUUGCACGAGAAGCCACUUUGCGACCCUUGUAAGGAGCCCCGAUGUCCUCCGGAUCAUUGCGAGUUGCAGUCGCUAUUUGUCGAUAAAUGAAAGAAAAAAUGUAAUAAAUUUGAGAUAAAAAUUUGAAAUUGA